GGUGAGCAGGGCUCCCUCUCUAUGGUUCCCCUCCUACUCCUGGAUCAUGGUGUCUCUCCCGCUGACCUGGGGAUCUGGAAUGGGAUCCUGGCACUGAUGGCUUCCAUCGUAGGCUCAGCUCUUGGAGGAAUGGUGGUCAGCAAGGGCAGGUCCAUCAAGUCGCUGCUGGGGACUGUUCUGAGUUUGCGCCUCUCCUGCCUUGUCCUCCAGACGUUUCUCCUCUCUGCUCUUGGUAGAGACACAAGUCUUGUGAAAGUGUGUCUUCUGCUCAGUGUGGUGGUGCAGCAUUUCCUGGCCGGAGUUGUCACCACUGUGACCUUCACUUUGAUGAUGCACUGCACCCGCCAGGCCCGGCCGAACAUUCAGGCCAGUCACUACAGCCUCCUGUCCUCCUUGGAGGUCCUGGGGAAGGUCUCCUUCAGCGCAGUGUCUGGGAUCAUCGUGGACUCUCUCGGAGUUUCCGUAUCGUUCUCGGUGUUCAUCGCUCUGUCCUGCCUGCCCCUCCUGCACCUCCUGAACCUUCCACCGACUUUAUCCUGA